AUGAGUGAUACACAAACAUGUACAUUGGACGAAUUAGAAAACAGUGAAGGAUUAGUUCGAUUUAAAUUGGGUGACCAUCAUCAUCAUCAUUCUUUGGAUGAUGAAGAUGAUGAUGUCGACGAUGUGGCAAUUGAUUCAUUCGAUUUAGAUAAUUCCAAUUCAUCAAUCAAUAAUCCUAAUAUUGGCGAUCUGCAUUCAAUACAACAGCAACAACAAUUGCAUGAAAAUCAUGCCAGAACUGGGAUUGGUACAAGUAACAAUCAUAAUCAUAAUAAUAAUAACGUCAACGCCAACAACACCAACACCAACAACAUUGAUAAUGAGGCAUUAAUCAAAGUCAAAUUAUCAUCAAGUCAAGAGAAUUUGAAUAUAGACAUUUCACAAACAUAUCCUUUAGGCAAUAUUAUUCAAACACCAAAUGGACAAACUUUAUUUGACAUAACAACUAAUGGUCAAUUGAUACAUUCACAAAAUCCACUACAUCAAUAUUCUCAAUUUUCACUACAACAACAACCACAGCCAUUGAACAAUCCAACGGAGCUUCUCUUUACACCAUUAUCCUCCUAUCAUCCACCUAAUCCGAAUAUAAAUAAUGCUUCAUUCUCUCCAGCUAUCAUAUUUGUACCAGCUGCAUAUACCACCACAGCGACUAAUUAUAAUCGUAUGGAAUUGAUUACUGGCACUUCGGAUUCAUCAAUGGUUACAUCAUCUUCAUUGACGACGAAUUUAUCACCCAACCUAGGCAUUGUUUGUUCAUCGAUUUCUGCUCCGUUGCCACCAUUGGAUGAGAAUAUGUUUGAUAUAUCUCGUCUUGGUGGCAUUGAAAAUCUCAUGCCUACAACUAUGAUUUCAUCAAGUACACCAAUUAAACAAUCAUCACCUGAAAUAAUUAUAUCACAUUGUAUACAACCAGAUCUAAUGACUACAAAACCUCAAUUAUUAUCAAAUCAUAAUGAUGAUACAACCAUUCAAUGUCAAUCAAAUGAUGAUAUACGUAUUGAUUUACGCAAAACUGGAGGUGGUUCUGGUCGUUCGGUUAAAUUGGAAUUACGUGAAUUACUAGAUCUUGUCUUAGCAGCUGCAGCGCAUACACCGAAUUCUUUAGUUUUAGCAGAUAGUGGUAAAAUUUAUUCUCCACUGCCUGGUACAUCUCAACGUCCUCCAGUUGGUUUAGUAACACAAUUACUAUGGCGUGCUCGUGCGCUGGAUGAUCGUGGCCCAUGGAUUUUAACUUUUGCUAUGUGGUGGUUAAUGCAACACUAUUUCGGUAUCGGAAGCCGAACACAUCAUGUACGUUUACGUUGGGGACAUUUAAGAUUGGUGACAAAUGUUAUUGAUCCACUGACUGGAGAGUUGUGUGAAGCAAUUGAAUAUGUCGGUCCGUCAGCAUUUACUACAGUUAAAGCAUGCGCUCUACUUGAGUCUAAUUCAUCUGCAAAAGAUCAACCUGUUCGUCGUGUUUAUCCAUCUUCCGGUUGGGGUGAGGCUGAGAUUGCAGUUGCUGCAGCAUUGGCUUCUGAACAAGCUUGUAAUCGUCCAAGAGUUCGACCACUGGAUAUUGAUCCAACUGUACCAAUUGUUCCAGCUCGUUCCGGUCCUAAUUUUGUAUCUUUGUAUAAAUCAUUUGCUCGGCAUAGACAACAAGCAUCGUUACUUCCUGAAGCACCAUUUUAUGUUCAACCUUUACAGAAUUCUGCUUCUGCUCUUCAAUCGAAAGCUGCCAUUGCAUGGUUUAGUGUUGGUGCAUUAGGCAAAAAUCGUAUUGGUGCAUUAAUGCGUAAUAUUGUUGAUAAAGUUGUUCGUCCAGAUAUGUCUCGUGUUGCAACAGCUGCAUUGUCAGCAGCUACCAGUGCAUGUGUUCUGGCGGCGGAUAGAGCUGCAUUAGCAUUAAAUGUUUAUGACAAUUUUAGUUGUUCUACUGGUGGUCCGUGUGCUACUACGACGACUACUACAGCGGCAAAUCAAAAUAUUCAUAAUCACAACAGUAAUAAUACUAACAAUUCAGAUUUCAAUCAUCGUCAACAAUCAUUAGUUGAUAAAUUAUCAUGUCUGCUAGGCACUAAUAUGUCUAGUAUAAUGAAUACAAGAAAUGAUAUGAUAUUUACAUCAUCACCUACAAUGAUUAACACUAUGAAUAUUAAUCCAAUCAAUAAUCAUGAGCAUAACAUGAUUACUUCUUCUGCUUCUUCUUCUGAUAAUAAUAAUAAUAAUAAUGAUAAUAAUCUCAAUACAAUGAUAUUUUCACGUGUAGACAAUACUAAAACAACAUCAACAUCAACACCGUCAACACCAGCAACAACAACAACAACUAUACCUCAUUCAUCCACUUCGAUCAUAAUACAAUCAUCACGUACAACAGAUCUGAACAAUUCGAAUCAUCAGUUCGUAUUGAAAUUACCGAAUUUAGUACAAAAAUCUCAACCACCACAACAACAACAGCAACAGCAAUCAUCCACUAUGUUGUCCUCUUGUAAGCUGUCACCGUCACUACCUCUUCAAUCAUCCUCCUCCUCAUCAAUAUCUUUGUCGACACUGGCUGAUUUUCGUAAUCAAAUCUUAUAUGAAACUUCAUCGAUUCAACAACAACAACUACAACUACAACAGCAACAACAACCACAAACGUUUCUCACUCAAGAAAAUGAUCGAUUUAUUGUGAAUCCAAUUAAUCAAUUGAUGACAAAUAGUUUUGUUCUAUUAACCACAGUAGAUGGUCAUACAUUUUUAGCACCUAACAAUAAUAAUGGUAGUUGUAGUAGCAGUACUGGUACUGGUACUAGUAGUAGUAGUAGUAGUAGUAGUAUUUAUCCAUCCACUUCAAUGACAGCAACACCACCAACAACAACAACUAAUCAAUUGAAUAAUUAUAUUUUGAUGCCAACAACUUCCAUCUGCACUGGAGGAGGAAUCAAUGCAAAAUUUAUUACUUCUACUGCUGCUACUACUACUUGUACAUCGAAUCUGUCUUCUCUACAACACCACCAACACCAACACCAACAGCAACGACAAUCGGAACAAACCGAUUCUAUGCAAUUUCAAUCUUAUCAAACAACACUUGAUUCAUUGCAACAACAUCAUCAUAGUACACUAAUCUUGUCAGGUUUUGAUAAUUCAACUUUACAAACAUCGAAUUCAUUGACAGUGACAACAGCAACGACAGGCGCAACUAAUCCUACGGCAUCCCAACCCGUUAUAACCACAUCUCGAGCAUUUAAUCAACCUGUGGCAUGUCAUCUUAUAUCAUAUCCAAGUAGUAAUAAUAAUAAUAAUAAUAAUAAUAAUCAUAAUAGUAAUAAUAGCAAUAAUGCAAUACCGGUGAAUUUAAUUCUCUUAUCUACCUCAACUUCACCUGGUUUCUCUUCUUCUUCUCCAAUUAUAUUAAAUACAACUUUACAACCUCAAAUUCAACAUUGUCGACAAAAUCAAUCACAAUCUUGUAAUCUACAAACAAUUUAUCAAUCAGACAAUCGUCCAUGUGAUUUUGAUUUUAAUCUAUGCGCUGUUGGUAGCAACAACAACAACAGGGAUGGAGCAAGUACUUUUAUCGAUUCACUUCAACCGUUAAUUAUUCAACGAAAUGAUUCGAAUUUAGCUAGUAUUGUAUUGAAUACAAAUAAUAAUGAUGUAUCACCACCGGUUUGUAGAACAGUUGUCAAUUUAAUGAAUUCAAUCAAUUCGACAAAUGGAAUUGACAGUUGUGGUAGUAGUAAUACUAGUCGGAUAACAUCAUCUCAGCAGGUGAAUGCCACCAGUUCAACACCUAACAACACCGUCACAACAACAGCAUUGACAACGAUACCAACUGUGACUAUUGCUACUGCGACCACUAAUACUUGUACUACACUUCCAGCUUGUAAUCAAAUAUUUUAUGGACGAAAUUCAUUACGACAACAACAUCAAGAACAAGAUCAAUCUGCACUUCAAAUUUAUGAAACAUUUCAUAUAGCAGAUCAUCAAAAACUCACAGCCGAGCCAACUACACCUAGUCCAAUGAAAUCAAACUAUCCUAUACAGAAUGGUAAUAUUGUUCAAACUAUUUCAUGUACUUCUAAUGGACAAUUGAUAACUAUUGCAAAACCUGAGCAUGUGCUAGUAGUUGGUGAUGGUGAUUCCAGUGUUGGCAGUACACAAUCACAGUUCUCGACAUUAAUUGACGCAAAAUUAGAUCCUUCAACAAAUAAUUCUCAUCAUCUUAUACAACAAUAUGAUCAUCUUGUCACUUCAUCGAAUUCACUGCAUAGUCAACCGUUGAUUACUUUUCUUCCAAUUAACAAUAAUUAUUUAUUCACUCAAUCUAAUACUACUAGUACAAUCAAUACUACUAAUACUACAUUAACUACUACUACUACUAGUACUACUACGACUACGGCUACUAGUACUACAAUGUCGAAUACAAUCAUUUCACCAAUGAUUAAAACUACAAUUACAAAUAAUAACAACAACACUAAUAAUAAACCGGAUAUUUAUUUCGAAAUCCCUUUACAGAAUAGAGAUUUGUCUAGUUCCGUUCAAACAGUUUAUCGUUUGUUAUAUACAGACAAUAUUGAUCGACCAGUGAUCAGUAAUAAUGAAACUGCAUUAAUAAAUGACACUGGUCAUUUUGUUCUUGUCAAUAAUGAUAGCAUACAUAACAAUAAUAAUACUAAUAAUAAUAAUAGUAACAAUAGUCUAUUGAAUACAAUGACAAUACUUGGCACUGACUAUUCAACUUAUCCUUCUUCUUGUGCCUCAUCAACAUCAUCAUCAUCAUCCUCAUCAGCAGCAGUAGCUGAUCAUUAUAUUAUUGAUCAUCUUCCGAAUAUGAUCAAUUGUCAACUUCAAUCGAAUGGUUAUUCUUUAUUGUCCAUACCUUCAACAUCAUCUACAUCGUUAACAUUGACAACAACAUUGACAACUUCAUCGAUGAUGCCAUUAUUGUCUAUCGGUGGUGGUAACACAUCGACCACACCAUUGCAACUACAACAGUCUAAACAUUCAUCAAUGAAUAUGACACGUUGUUUAUUGCAAACAUCGAAUCAACAUUUUGAUAAUCCUAAUAUUGAUAGGACUACUACUGUUGUUACUUCUACUACCACUGCUACUACUACUAAUAUUACAUCGACACCUGUUACAAAUACCACUAUCAAUGGUGAUCAUAGUCAUCUAAUGUCGAAUUAUCAUAUUAAAAUAGAUGAUAGUUAUUUAUUGACAACUUCUGUAAUGACCACUACAGCGAAUUCAAUCACAUCGAAACAACACAAUCACAAUAUCCAUCAUAAUCAUAAAAAUCUACGAAAUAAUUCAUUACUAACACUUCCUCCAUUGUCAAGUAUGACAUGUCAUUUAAUUCCAGUGGAACCGAAACCUGAUCAAUUGAGAACUUUACAAUCUGUGAUUAAUUCUGCUAGCGCAUUUCAAUGUUCCGAUUUUCCUGCUUAUGUGGAACAAUUAUUUCGUAAAGGUAUAUUAAGUGGUCGAAGACCAUGGUGUUUAAAUUUCACUGCAUGGUUUAUUAAUACAUUAGUAUUUGAAGUGGAAAAUCGUACAGAACAUGUCAGUCUACGUUGGGGUGAUUUUCGUCUUUGUCAAACAGCUGAUGGACAAACAGAAUAUAUUUAUUUUAUUAAUCGAGUUACUAAUAAACGUUAUUAUUUAGCUGGAUCACCAACAACCUGUUGUGCACUGGGUUAUAAGAAAAGUGAAUUCGAUAUGAAAUCAAUGCAUGAACCACCUGUUCGAUGUCCAUGCCCUGUAACAAUAUUCAAAGAAUUAAGAGAUAGGCGACCUAGUGGUUGUUUGGAUCCAUAUUCAAAAUUUUACUUACAACCGCGUAAUGUUGAAUGUCCCGAUGCAAAUGAUAUUGAAGAAAUACAUGAUAAAGUACAAAAAUGUCAUUUAUUGCCGGCGAAUAGUAAUUGGUUCACAGAGCAUGCCUGGGGUAAAAAUAAACUUGGCGGUCUAUUUGCUGAAGCGUCAAAACUUGCCGGUUUACCAACAAUUUGGUUGCGUAAACAUCGUUCACGAAAUUUUUUUCCCGGUGGUGGAGGCUCUGGUAUCGGUGCACUAGGUAAUCUGCAUCAUCAUCAUCAUCAUAAUCAGCAUGCGCAUAAAACUGACAACACUGCUAAUCAUUAUACAAAUUCUUACAAGUCAACUAUGAAAACUAUGGAAAAUGAGCACAAGAUUAAUACAUCGAAAGAGAAUAAUGAAAUGACUAGUACUAGUAGUAGUAGUAGUAGUAGUGGUAGUACACAUACAGAGAUUAAACGUAGACGACUUAUGACUUCAGUUGAAGAUCUAGUGUCAACAACCACUUCAUCGACAUCGGCUAAAGUGGUGUCAACAACGAAAACAAUCAUUGGAACAAUGAAUCCAAUUAUGAUGAUGACUGUUGAUCAAAAAGAUCCUAAUAUUGUCAACAAUAUCAAUAUACUGCCUAGUUCAAUGACUAUAUUGAAACCGAAAGAAACACUGUAUACUACUUCCACUGUCAGUUAG